GUCCGGAUGGCUAAGUGCCGUCUUGCAUGGUGUUUCCCGGGCUCUCCGCACUCAGCACGCUGUGGGCCGGGGGGUUUUAGUGGGUGCAAGCCCCACACUACCCUGGGAUCACCUCCAGCACGGGCCCCAGGGUGUGCGUAAGGCAUUUCCCCUCUUUAACAAAAAAAAAGUCAAAAUAUGAAACAUCGCCAGGGUAGAGCUACCCAUCAACAAAUUGAAGCAUUGAUAAGUUAUUUAGAAAAAAAUCCACAUGUAGCACAAGGGAAGUUUACGACAAUGAAUGCUAAAGAACAUUUGCAAGGAAGCUGGGAAGAAUUGACUCAAUUGUUAAAUUCAAUGGUGCCAAAUGGGAAAGCAAAAGAUGUGAAAUCCUGGAAGACGACAUGGCGAGAUCAUAAAUCAAAAGUAUCUGAAAAAAUACAACGAUUAAGAAAAGCAAGAGCCAGCACUAGAAACAAAUCAAUUAAUAUCACAAUAACUGACUUUGAUAAAAGAAUAUUAGGUAUAAUUGAACAUGAAUACGUUCAAGGAUUAUCAAAUGUAUCUGACAGUUUUCCUGAAGAGUACAACAAUUAUCAGCAGGAAAUACAACGUUAG